AUGCCUUUCCGACAGCGCAUGGCCCGCCAUUUUGGCGAUUCUCUCUCGCCCGAAAAGCCCUUCCUCAGCUACUACGAUGUCCUGCUCACCGUGGAAGACAUGAAGUCGCUGAAGAACGACUGGCUGACCGACAACAACAUUGCCUUUUGGGAAGAAUACUUGGAGCACGAGACGCUUCCGCGAUUCCCCCAGGCCCGCAUCAUCCUGCUGCGCCCGAGCAUGACGUUUCUGCUCAUGAAGGAGCCUGAUAUGCGCCACGUUCGAUCUGCGCUGCCAGACUUUAACAAGGUCACCCACGUCUUCCUGCCCAUCAACGAUAAUCGAAAUGUUGCCAUGGCCGAGGGCGGCAGCCACUGGUCGCUGCUGCUGGUGUCUGUUCUCGACGGCAUCGCCUUCCACUACGACUCGCUCGGCGGAGCCAACUACGCCGAGGCAAACCUGGCCACGCGCAAGCUCAGCGAGAUUGUCCAGCGGCCCAUUCGUUUUGUCAACCUGGAGGACUCGCCCCAGCAGGAAAACGGCAGCGACUGCGGCGUCUUUGUCUGUCUUUUGAUGCGACACCUGCUCGUCAAGCGCCUCUUGGCGGCUAAUGCUCGCGAAAAGGUUUCCAUGAGCAUGGCAGGAAAAAUGGUCGAUAGCAAUGGUGGCCGGAAAGAGAUGCUCCGUAUUAUUGAAAAUUUGCGUAAGGAGGGAGAGCGUCGCCGUUCUGCGAGCCCCUUUGCUUCAACCAAGACUCCUCCGCGAAUUGAAUAG